AAUCUCAAAUGAAACAAUCGGUGUCCGAUCCGAGUCGGUAAACUCUCUAAGCGUACAACUUGUUAAAGCAUAGUGUACAACCAAACGCUUCACUAUAAAAGUUUGCCUUCAAAAGAGAGCAAAAGCUUCGCGAGGUUUCUUCUCCAUUCGUCAACUUUUUCUCUGUAUUGAUCAUUAUAUAAUACAAACUUUACCAAUUACAAGGUUUUUUUUAGGUAGAUUAAGUAUCUGGGUAUAACUGGAAAUUUGAAAUUGUUGGAAGGUUUUUGAGAAAAUGGAACCGUCUUCGUCUUCGCCGGAGUUUGAUUACUUGUUUAAGCUGUUGUUGAUUGGAGAUUCAGGAGUAGGGAAGAGUAGUUUGUUGCUCAGUUUCACUUCUGAUGCCUUUGAGGAUCUUUCUCCAACUAUUGGUGUGGACUUCAAGGUAAAACAUGUCACCCUCGGGGGGAAGAAGUUGAAGCUUGCUAUAUGGGAUACAGCUGGACAGGAAAGAUUUAGGACUUUAACGAGUUCAUACUACCGAGGAGCUCAAGGAAUAAUCAUGGUUUAUGAUGUAACAAGGCGAGACACAUUUACUAAUCUCUCUGAUAUAUGGGCCAAAGAAAUCGACCUGUACUCAACAAAUCAGGAGUGCAUCAAGAUGCUUGUAGGCAACAAAGUUGAUAAGGUACCUCUCCUCGUUUGCAGAAGAGAAUUUCUUCCAUCUCAAGCUUCUUCCAUUUCCCCAAACACAAUCGUAUACGCUAUAUUGACCAGGAGAGUGAAAGAGUUGUUAGCAAAAAAGAGGGAAUUGAUUUUGCCAGGGAAUAUGGAUGUCUUUUCAUCGAAUGCAGUGCAAAGACGAGGGUUAAUGUGGAACAGUGCUUUGAGGAGCUUGUGCUGAAGAUUUUGGACACUCCAAGUCUCUUGGCUGAAGGUUCAGCUGGUGUCAGGAAAAAUAUAUUUAGACAGAAACCUCCGGAAUCUGAUGCAUCAACAAGUGGCUGUUGUUGAGAUGGACGUUUCUUUGUUUUCUUCACGCUUUCCCUUUCUUUUGUAAAACAAAAUGAUGUAAUUACUUGGAGAUGACAAACUCUGUUUCUAUCCUUCACGUUUGUAGUUUGUUUGACUGAAUGUUCUUCUGUUGUCCUCUUGCUCUUAAUUUGAUAUUUGAAGAAGAUGAGGAGUUCUUUUCUUUUUGUUAUUGAUUAAGAAAGAUUUUAUUUACCA